UAUAAUGCAUUGGAAUUAUGUUUAGAUAUAUCUUGAUGAUGCAAAGAUUCAAGACAUUCGCGUGCAUUGUUAUAUUCAUGGUAAUUGUUUGUUACGUCAUAAACAUUAAUAAGAAGCAACAAUUGAAAAACUUGCAACCGCAACGAAACAAUAAUGGAACAAAAGAAACGACGCAGUUUGGUAUUAUGACGUUGCAAGAUGCCUUGAAUAUCGCCAAGCUCAAGGAAAAGAUUAUAAUAAACUGGUGUCAUAAUCACCCCCACAAGUUGAAACAACUCAGCAAAGAUUAUUGUGGUUGGUGUACAAUGUCUACGAAUAAAUCGUUGAUCUCAGACCCCAGAACGGCCGCAGUAAUUUUUCACAACAACUGCAUGAUGGAGGAUGAAAUGCCACCUGAUCAUUUAAGGAGACCAGAUAUGUAUUACAUCUGGUUUAACAGGGAAUCACCGUUAAUGAUAUCGUGGAGAAAAAAAGAUUUCGUUGCGUUUGAGAAUAAUUACUUCAACGCUACGAUGACGUAUAGGAGAGAUUCCUCCAUCUACACACCGUAUGGUGCAAGAGAGGUUAUCAGAGCAAUAAGUAAAUUCGUUCCGGUGAAGAAAAGACUGGGCGUUUGGAUCGUUUCAAAUUGUAAAAGACGAUUUGGAGCCAAAAAAAGAAUGAAAUAUUUCAAAGAACUUUUAAAAUCUGGACUUAAAGUUGAUACAUAUGGCAGAUGUUUUAAUCAGACCGUUAACUUAGAGCGGGGCAAUGAAGAAUUCUUUCGUUUCGUUGGCGACUACAAAUUCUACUUUGCGUUCGAGAAUUCUUUCCAUUGUCGGGAUUACGUCACAGAGAAGUUCAUACACCAUGGUUUGUAUUCAGGAACAAUACCCAUUGUUUGGGGGCCGAAAAAGUCGGAUGUAGAAGUGAUAGCGCCUCCACAUUCGUUCAUUCAUGUUGAAGAUUUCAAAUCAGCAGCAGAUCUAGCGAACUAUAUAAGUUACCUUGAUAAGAACAAUACAGCUUAUAUGGAAUAUCAUGAGUGGCGGAAGCAUCUGCAACUCACGGAUGCUUAUGCCAGGUCUACCGCAGGAGCGUGUCGUCUAUGUAAUAUUUUGCAUGGAAUCGAAGACGAUUCGGAAAUCGAGAUGCGCAGUUAUUACGUGCGGUAUGUUGACCACUCACAAAGGAAAGUUAAAGUUCGACGUCAUAUAAAACAUCGGGUUGUUAAAAACUUAGAUGCUUGGUGGUAUGGGACUGAUAACCACGAGUGUCUCUUCGAAUAAAUGUAACUUGCCUUAUCCUCGCGUGGCCUUGUAAGCAGGCAUGAGGUGUAUGAAACAGAACACCCGUGUGACACCUGUGGUUAUCGGUGACCUCAUGCCUGCUUACAAGUUACCUGGUUUGUUUUGGGCGGCGAUCUUUGUAUGUAGAGUUGAUAAUUUGAACAACCCAUUACUGGC